AUGGAGACUGUUCUGGAGUCAGAGAAGGAGGAGGAGGAGGAGGACAGAGAGGCGAUGAAGCUGGAGGGACCUCUCCAUGUUUCAGCUCCUCGGCAGCAUGUCCUGAAGUUGGACAAUGCAGACGACCUGAGUCCUGAGUCCUACAGGGUUAACUCCCCAGCAGAGAUUCGACUGUUGGCCGUAGCCGACAACUUCCAGCGUCAGUAUUCACACUUGUAUCCUGACCGCAAACCGCUUCUGCUCUGCCCUUUCAACGAAUGUGGUGUUCAGAAGUUUGUGUCGACGACUCUUCGGCCCACACCGACAGUCUACCCUGAGCUCUUCACCUGGGAGGGCUGUGCCUCCUUUGUGGCUAAUUUCCUGUCUCUGGACCCUUUGGAGCCGCCCGUGGACCUGCCCAGGUACCUGUUCUCUUCCAGCUCGGUGCUGCAGAGUCAGAAAGCCACAUGUUUUGACUUUGCCACCCUGCUGUGCAGCCUGCUGCUGGGCUCGCACUACGACGCGUACUGUGUCAGCGGCUAUGCUGUCAAAGAGCUGUGUGUGUUGGAGCAGAGCCUGAAGGAGCGCCCCCUGCUGGACACUGAGCUCAAUAGUGUGAUCUCAGCGCAGGAGCUACAGGAGAAUAAAUACACAGUGAAACCUCCAAGGGAGCUGAAGAGUCACUUUCUGACGCAGCAAGAGAAGAAGAAACAGGAUGCAGAGGCUGCGUUGCUGCAGAAACAAAAACUACACGAGGAGAGUGAGCGGCGACCUGCCGACCCCCUGCGAGGACUGCGGGUGCACUGCUGGGUGCUGGUGCUGUCAGGGAGUCGGAGCGUCCGGCAGAACUUCUUCAUCGACCCCCUGAGUGGGAAAGGUUACGCCACCGACCAUGACAACUUUCUGGGCAUCGAGAGCGUGUGGAACAAUCUCAACUACUACGUCAACAUGCAGGACUGCAGGAACGGCUGCGCUGGUAUGGUGUAUGAUCUGGAAGAUUUACAGAUGUGGGAGCCAGUCCUGUACGGUGCAACCAGCAAGAAGCAGCUGAUUCUUGAUGUCUUAGACAAAAAGGAGAGACAGAUGAUCAGCAAAAAAAUCAAUGAGGAGGAGGAUGAAGAGCAGCCAAAAGUUUUUCAGAUGCCACGAUCCUGGGUCAGCUACAUUACGAUCUCAAAGAAAGACCUGGAGACCUGCUGGCCCGGAGGACAGAGGGUGACCCGCUACAGAAAAUCAAAACUGGAGACGUUUGCAGCGUAUCUGAGGAAAGACGGACUGGUCACACGGCAGACUACAUACAAGGACGCGGACUGCACCGAGGUCACCAUGGUGAAGGAGUGGUAUCAGUACAGAAAGGACCACCUGGAGGAGAGGGAGAUGGACAACACGCUCACCACAGAGCGCUUCAGACGUGGACGACCCUUCAACCUUUUACUCCACAGGUUCACGUCCCUGAGCAGCGACUUGCAGCAUGAGAUGGAGUUCAGCAGCGCUCGUGUGGAUGACCUGGUGCGGCGGGUGGAUGCACCGAGUGAACUGACGGAGUUUUUCGAGGGCCGGAGUGACUUCCUGUACUACCGGCACGUCCAGUUCGAUCAACGCGUCUCGUUUGCAGACACUCCGGAAGACCGACCGCUGCUGAAAGUGGUGGAGUGUUUCCACAGGAACAGAUCCAAACCAGCGAGCAAAGACGUGGCUGAGCGAGUGUUCCUGGUGGAUCAGAGGCGGAUCGAGUUGACCUUCCACUUAGAGGAUUACCGAGUCGUCCCGUCAAAGAUGAGCUUCAUCAAACCGCGAGAGUCGACGGAAAACAAGAAGAAGGAGGAGUUCACACCUGACAUGGUCUCCAGCUUCCAGGUGGAGCCGGCCGAUAAGCCUCUCCAGACGCUGGCUCUGUGCUCGAUGCUGGACGCUCUGAUAAAGGACGAGGAGAAGAUGCUUCUCCAAGUCAAGGAGUCUAAGAAAGAGGUGAGUGAGAUUGUGAGGUGCAGAGAGCAGGAGGAGGCAGACGUUCAGCUGAUCUUCUCCCCCUGGACGACAGUCGGAGCUGCAAGAGCUCGCAGCAAGAGACAGGAGAUGUUGCGUCGGGCCGUGGAGGAGCAGCGGUGGCUGCAGGAGAAGGAGAAGGACCUCCUGGCUCCGCUCCUGAUCCGGCACGGCCCAGAGCCUCUGAGCGCCCAACAGGCCGAGCAGCUCCACCGUGACUGUCUGGCCGAGUUCAAACAGAGACUGACGGAGCAAGCCGACCUCAUCCAGGAACGCUACGAAAAGGAGACUGAGGAGCUGCAGAAGAAACAGCAGUUGUACCAGAAGAACCAGGUCAACAUGACGGAGCUGCAGAGGACAGAGUACCAGAACUACUGCUCCGACAAGAUGCUGAGGAUAGGGGUCGCCAGGAAACGCCUCAGCAUGCACAAGGAAUCAGCUCCUCAGAAGUACCAAAGUCUUGAUCUGAAGCUGAAACAAGAUCCCCGUCUGGCCCCUCACCUGCUCCGCUGAGCCACACACCUGCCCUCUUUAUCAACACAAUGUGGAGUGUGUCAAAAUUUAACAUGUACGCACUUUCUUAUCGAGAAUGUUUGAGAAAUCUUCUGUUUUUUCCUUCGAUUCCCUGUGUUGUGUGUCUUUAUUUUGCAGUCCGUCUGUGUUGGAUGAGUCAUCUCCAGCUGCUCUGUGUUGACAGAUGUUCCACGGUGUGAAAAUAAGACCAGACUGAAUCAGCUGGAUAUGUUUUGUUAAGUUUAAACACCGAGAGAAUAACUCCUAUAACCACACUGCGUGCUAAAUAUAUAUUAGUUUUUAGUAUUUAGUCUGUUCUUGUAACACCUUUGGAACAAACCACAAGCAAGAAGUCUUUUACACACAAAUCUUUUUUUCUUCUUCUGCAAAACAAUAAACAUUAAUCCAUCCAUC